AUGUCUACCUCCGCCCGUCGUCGCUUGAUGAGAGACUUCAAGCGGAUGCAGACCGACCCGCCUGCUGGCGUAUCUGCUUCUCCCAUCGCCGAUAAUGUCAUGACCUGGAACGCCGUCAUCAUUGGACCCGCGGAUACUCCCUUCGAAGAUGGAACGUUCCGCCUGGUGAUGCAUUUCGAGGAACAGUACCCCAACAAGCCCCCGGGUGUCAAGUUCGUUAGCCAGAUGUUCCAUCCAAACGUAUACAGCACCGGCGAACUGUGUCUGGACAUCCUGCAGAACCGUUGGAGUCCGACCUACGACGUGGCAGCCAUUUUAACCAGCAUUCAGAGUCUGCUGAACGACCCCAACACAUCGUCUCCCGCCAAUGUCGAGGCCUCAAACCUCUACAAGGACAACCGUCGAGAGUAUACAAAACGGGUCCGUGAGACCGUCGAGAAGAGCUGGGAAGACUAG